AUGUUUGAAAUUUUGGGCUGCUUGCUAACAAUAAGAUGCGACGCUAGGGAGUACUGCAGUGCGUUCGAUCAUACAGACCUGCAGAUAGCUGCCAGUCUGAAGUUCACGCACUCUUCAAGUUCUAAUAAUAAACUGCCACAUCAACCACAACCACACCAACCACAACUACAUCAACCACAACUACAUCAACCACAACUACAUCAACCACAACUACAUCAACCACAACUACAUCAAUCACAACUACAUCAAUCACAACUACAUCAACCACAACUACAUCAAUCACAACUAGAAGACCCACAACCGCAGCAGCAACACCAAUGCCACGAACAGCCACAACAUCAACAACAAACACCACAAACACAUCAACUACAGCCACAACAACUGCAGCCACAACAACUGCAGUCACAACAGCAACAAACACGUCAACCACAUCAGCCACAACAACCACAACAUCAACAACAGCACUAUGACGAACAACACAAACAUUUUCAACAGAACUUCCAACACUUACUGCUAAGAGAGCGCAACCCAUUCAGACUGAAGGUAUGA